GGUUUACUGAGACGUGUAAUCACACCGUUCGUUUCAAAUUAUUAUUAAACAUAUAUAUUUAUAAUAAAAUUAGAAUAUUCGUAUGGGAGAUUCUUUGGAGAACGCUGAUACUUCGGUAGAAGUAACAGCGAAUGUAACAAUUGUGGAUUAUGGUGCAUUUGCCAAUUAUAUUCGCAAGGCUGUUACCAUACUUUUACCCGAAGAAGAUGUUGUACCACCAGCUUUAAAUACAGCAUUGGAAGAUCCCGAUAACCAGGAUCGCGUGAAAAAAUUCUUAUCAGACCCACAAGUGCAAGCAUUAUAUAUACAACGCAAUUGUCUUAAAGAGGAUGAAAAUGAACAACCGGCUGAAGGUGAAGAGGAGAAAGAACUCGUUACUUACCAAAUUAGUAACGAUGUGCACUUUACCAACAGUCGCAUGGCCUCAUUAGCAUGUAUUAAACGUGGUGCUGUAAUUGAAGCCGACAAGUCAAUACACUCACAGUUGCGUUUAAUUAAUUUUUCGGAUGGUUCACCAUACGAAACAUUGCACGCUUUUAUCAGUAAAUCCUUGGCACCCUACUUCAAAUCAUAUGUCAAGGAAUCGGGGCGCGCUGAUCGUGAUGGCGAUAAAAUGGCUCCAUCGGUCGAAAAAAAAUUGGCUGAGUUGGAAAUGGGUUUAUUGCAUUUACAACAAAAUAUUGAUAUACCAGAAAUAACACUAACAGCUCAUCCAUCUGUAAAUGCUGUUAUUAGGAAAUGCUCAGAUGAAAAUCGUAAAGCAAAAGUAGGAGACUUCGGUGAUAAAGUUGAAGAUUCUACUUUUCUAAAUCAAUUACAAAAUGGUGUCAAUCGUUGGAUUAAAGAAAUUAAGAAAGUUACCAAGCUCGACAGAGAUCCAUCAUCUGGUACAGCUUUACAGGAAGUAUCAUUUUGGCUUAAUUUAGAGCGUGCACUUUAUCGCAUACAGGAAAAACGUGAAUCACCAGAAGUCGCUCUUACUUUAGAUAUACUUAAACAUGGUAAACGUUUUCAUGCAACCGUUUCCUUUGAUACAGACACUGGUCUGAAACAAGCUCUAGCUACAGUUGCUGAUUAUAAUCCUUUAAUGAAGGAUUUUCCUAUAAAUGAUUUACUUUCUGCUACAGAGUUAGAAAAAAUCAGACCAGCAGUACAGCAGAUUUUUUCACAUUUACGUAAAGUACGCAAUACUAAGUAUCCUAUACAACGUUGUCUUAAACUUAUUGAAGCUAUAUCACGAGAUCUUUCACAACAACUGCUCAAAGUACUCGGUACACGUCGUCUAAUGCAUAUUCCAUUCGAUGAAUUUGAACGAGUUAUGAAUCAAUGUUUUGAAAUAUUCAGUUGUUGGGAUGAUGAAUAUGAUAAACUGCAAGGACUAUUGCGUGAUAUUGUCAAAAAGAAGCGUGAUGAACAUUUAAAAAUGGUGUGGCGUGUUUCACCUGCUCAUAAGAAACUUCAGACACGCAUGGAACAUAUGCGUAAAUUCCGCAGACAGCAUGAGCAAUUACGUACUGUCAUAUUACGUGUUUUACGUCCCAAUAAACAAUCACAAAAUGAUUCAAAUGUUACUGAAACAAAGCAACCUUACAGUUUAGAAGCUGCAGAUGCUAAUGCAAUUGAAGAAGUUAACUUAGCUUACGAAAAUGUUAAAGAAGUUGACUGCUUGGAUAUAACCAAGGAAGGAUCAGAAGCAUGGGAAGCAGCAGUAAAACGUUAUGAAGAAAGAAUUGAUCGCGUGGAAACUCGUAUAACAGCACAUUUACGUGAUCAACUUGGCACAGCAAAAAAUGCUAAUGAAAUGUUUCGAAUUUUCUCGCGUUUCAAUGCACUUUUUGUGCGUCCACAUAUUCGCGGUGCUAUACGUGAAUAUCAAACACAGCUUAUACAGCGUGUCAAGGAUGAUAUCGAAGCUUUGCAUGAAAAAUUUAAAGUUCAAUAUCCACAAAGUAAAAGUUGUCGUUUAUCGUCGGUUAGAGACUUACCUCCAGUCGCUGGUUCUAUAAUAUGGGCACGACAAAUAGAUAAUCAAUUGACUAUGUACUUAAAACGUGUUGAAGAUGUUUUAGGCAGAGGUUGGGAAACACACAUUGAAGGACAGAAAUUAAAAGCCGACGGUGAUAGUUUUCGCAAUAAACUUUCAAUUUCUGAAGUUUUUCAGGAUUGGGCACGUAAAGUACAAGAGCGUAAUUUCGGUAGUACUGGGCGUAUAUUUACUAUCGACUCAGUUCGAUCGCGUACCGUACGAGCUAAUGUACUUAGAUUACGAGUCAAUUUUCUUCCUGAAAUCAUUACUUUAUCAAAAGAAGUGCGGAAUAUUAAAAAUUUAGGCUUUAGAGUACCACUCACUAUUGUGAACAAAGCUCAUCAGGCAAACCAAAUCUAUCCUUAUGCUAUUUCACUGAUUGAAAGUGUUCGUACUUAUGAACGCACUCUGGAAAAGCUAAAUAAUAGGAGUUUAGCACAAAAUUUCGUAUUUAAGAUCGAAGAACGUGCUAGUAUUGUGCCACUCGUUGCUGGUCUGCGCAAAGAAGUGCUCAACUUAAUAUCUGAAGGAAUCGGUUUAGUUUGGGAAUCUUACAAGUUAGAUCCAUAUGUCUUACGCUUAUCUGAUUGUGUUACCCAAUUUCAAGAAAAGGUUGAAGAUUUACUAGUUGUUGAAGAACAGCUAGAUGUUGACGUACGGUCUCUGGAAACAUGUCCUUACAGUGCAGCAACAUUUGCUGAAAUAUUGGCUAAAAUACAAAAUGCAGUGGACGAUUUAUCUUUACGUCAAUAUUCAAAUUUGAAUGUUUGGGUUGGUCGUUUGGAUGAAGAAGUCGAAAAGAAACUUGCAAUGCGUUUACAAGCUGGUAUACAAGCAUGGACUGAAGCUCUAACUGGCCACAAAAAGGAAGUUGACUUAUCUAUGGAUACAGAUGCUCCGGCACAACCUACACAUAAACUAGGUGGAGAACCACAGAUACAAAAUGCAGUUCAUGAAAUUCGUAUAACUAAUCAACAAAUGUAUUUGUAUCCUUCGAUUGAAGAAGCUUGCUUCCAAAUAAUGCAACAACUUUUUGCUUGGCAAGCAAUUGUAACCUCCCAAAUUCGUCUACAAAGUUCUCGUUACCAAGUUGGUCUGGAUAAACCCGUUUCACAAACAUAUCGUAAUUUGUUAACCAAAUUGCCAAAUGGUAAAAUUUUAGAGAGCGCUUAUGAAGCUAUUGAGAACAAAAUCAGUGAAGUUAGAAGCUAUGUAGAAGAAUGGUUGCGUUAUCAAAGUUUGUGGGAUUUACAACAAGAUACACUAUACGGUCGCUUGGGUGAAGAUGUCAAUUUAUGGAUUAAAUGUUUGAAUGAUAUAAAAAAAUCACGUACAACAUUUGACACUUCAGAUACACGUCGUGCUUAUGGUCCAAUUAUUAUUGAUUAUGCAAAAGUGCAAGCUAAAGUUACAUUAAAAUAUGAUUCAUGGCAUAAAGAAGCUUUGGGUAAAUUCGGUUCAUUACUCGGUAAUGAAAUGACAACUUUCCAUGCCAAGGUUUCUAAAUCUCGUACAGAUUUAGAAAUGCAGAGUAUAGAGGCUGCCAGUACUUCAGAUGCUGUAAGCUUCAUAACAUACGUACAAUCAUUGAAAAAGGAUAUGCUUGUAUGGGAUAAUCAAGUUGAGGUAUUUCGUGAAGCACAGCGUAUACUUGAACGUCAACGUUUUCAGUUUCCAAACAAUUGGUUACACGUUGAUAAUAUCGAAGGUGAAUGGUCUGCAUUCAAUGAAAUUAUCAAACGCAAAGAUACAGCUAUACAAACUCAAGUUGCUAGCCUGCAAGCCAAAAUUGUGGCAGAAGAUAAGGCAGUUGAAACACGUACUGUUGAUUUCUUAAAUGAUUGGGAAAAGAAUAAACCAACUGGAGGUAAAAUACGUCCCGAUGAUGCUCUACAACAACUUCAAAUGUUUGAAAGCAAAUAUUCACGUUUAAAGGAAGAACGUGACAAUGUGGCUAAAGCCAAAGAAGCGCUCGAAUUGCAAGAGUCAGCUAUUCCGAACAACAGUUCAGAACGCAUGGGUGUCGCGUUGGAAGAAUUACAAGAUUUACGUGGUGUUUGGGGUGAGUUGUCUAAGGUUUGGACUCAAAUCGAUGAAACAAGGGAAAAACCAUGGCUCUCUAUUCAGCCACGUAAGUUACGUCAGCAAUUGGAAGCAAUGAUGUCUCAAUUAAAGGAAUUACCAGCGCGUUUACGCAUGUACGAAUCAUAUGAAUAUGUCAAGAAGCUUAUUCAAAGCUAUAUCAAAGUAAACAUGCUUAUUGUGGAAUUAAAAUCUGAUGCAUUAAAAGAACGCCAUUGGAAGCAAUUGACUAAGCAAUUACGUGUUAAUUGGGUACUCUCUGACUUAAAUUUGGGUCAAGUAUGGGAUGUUAAUUUGCAGAAAAAUGAAGUAAUUGUCAAGGAUAUAAUACUUGUUGCACAAGGUGAAAUGGCUUUGGAAGAGUUUUUGAAACAAGUGCGUGAAUCUUGGCAGACAUAUGAACUAGAUUUAAUAAACUACCAAAAUAAGUGCCGCAUUAUACGUGGUUGGGAUGACUUAUUUAAUAAAGUCAAGGAACAUAUUAAUUCCGUAGCUGCUAUGAAACUAUCACCAUACUACAAAGUAUUUGAGGAGGAAGCACUUACUUGGGAGGAAAAACUUAAUCGUAUAAAUGCUUUAUUUGACGUAUGGAUUGAUGUGCAGCGUCGUUGGGUUUAUUUGGAAGGCAUAUUUUCUGGUAGCGCUGAUAUUAAAACCUUAUUGCCAGUGGAAACUUCUCGCUUCCAAAGUAUUAGUUCGGAAUUUUUGGGUUUAAUGAAAAAAGUUACAAAAUCACCCAAAGUUAUGGAUGUACUUAAUAUACCAGCAGUUCAACGUUCACUGGAGAGACUUGCUGACUUACUGGGUAAAAUACAGAAAGCGCUUGGUGAAUAUCUUGAACGGGAACGUACUUCAUUUCCUCGUUUCUACUUUGUUGGUGAUGAGGAUCUUUUGGAAAUUAUUGGCAAUAGCAAAAACAUUGCUCGUUUACAAAAACAUUUUAAAAAAAUGUUUGCUGGUGUAGCAGCCAUCCUACUUAAUGAGGAUAAUACAAUCAUUUUGGGUAUUUCUUCGCGUGAAGGCGAAGAAGUAAAGUUUAUUAAUCCAGUUUCGACUGUUGAACAUCCAAAAAUUAACGAGUGGCUUUCACUGGUUGAAAAACAAAUGCGUUUCACUCUAGCUUCUCUUUUAGCACAAGCUGUACAAGAUAUAAAACAAUUCCGUGAUGGUAAAAUAGAUCCACAAAAAUAUAUGGAAUGGUGCGAUAAGUACCAAGCGCAGAUUGUUGUUCUAGCAGCUCAAAUUCUCUGGUCAGAAGAUGUCGAAGCUGGUCUACAACAAGCAUCAGAAAACAACAAUUCAAAACCAAUGCAACGAGUUUUAGCUACCGUAGAAUCUACACUUAAUGUAUUGGCUGAUUCGGUAUUACAAGAACAGCCACCACUCCGCAGACGCAAAUUAGAGCACUUGAUUAAUGAAUUUGUGCAUAAACGCACAGUUACUCGCCGUUUGAUUGCUAAUGGUGUUACAAGUCCCAAAUCCUUCCAAUGGCUAUGUGAAAUGCGUUUCUAUUUUGAUCCACGUCAGACUGAGGUUUUACAACAACUCACCAUUCACAUGGCUAACGCUCGUUUCUUCUACGGCUUUGAAUAUUUGGGUGUACAAGAUCGUCUUGUACAAACUCCACUUACGGAUCGUUGUUAUUUAACCAUGACACAAGCUCUGGAAUCACGUCUUGGUGGUUCACCAUUCGGUCCAGCUGGUACAGGCAAAACUGAAUCAGUAAAAGCCUUAGGCAAUCAGUUAGGCCGUUUUGUGCUUGUGUUUAAUUGUGACGAAACAUUUGAUUUCCAAGCUAUGGGUCGUAUUUUUGUUGGUUUAUGUCAAGUAGGUGCAUGGGGUUGCUUUGAUGAAUUCAAUCGUCUCGAAGAGCGUAUGUUGUCUGCAUGCUCACAACAAAUUCAAACCAUUCAGGAAGCGCUUAAAUAUGAAAUGGACAGUAAUAAGGAGAGUAUAACAGUUGAGCUUGUGGGCAAGCAAGUGCGUGUUUCGCCUGACAUGGCAAUAUUUAUCACAAUGAAUCCAGGCUAUGCUGGACGUUCAAACUUACCAGAUAACUUGAAAAAAUUAUUCCGAUCACUUGCUAUGACCACACCAGAUCGUCAACUUAUUGCCGAAGUUAUGUUGUUUUCACAAGGUUUCCGCUCAGCAGAAAAAUUGGCUUGCAAAAUUGUACCAUUCUUUAAAUUAUGUGAUGAACAAUUAUCUAAUCAAAGUCACUACGAUUUCGGUUUGCGUGCACUCAAAUCUGUUUUAAUAUCUGCUGGUAAUGUCAAGCGUGACCGCAUCAUGAAAAUUAAAGAAACUCUUCGUCAACGCGGUGAGGAAAAUUUUGAUGAAGCUUCCGUAGCUGAAAAUUUGCCUGAACAAGAAAUUCUAAUACAAUCUGUGUGCGAAACUAUGGUACCAAAAUUGGUCGCUGAAGAUAUUCCACUUUUGUUUUCAUUGCUUAGUGAUGUCUUCCCGAAUGUCGGUUAUACUAGAGCUGAAAUGAAAGGACUUAAAGAGGAAAUACGAAAAGUUUGCCAAGAGGACUACUUGGUUUGUGGUGAAGGUGACGAGCAAGGCGCUGCCUGGAUGGAAAAGGGAUUCGGUGAAACAUGGGUUGAAAAAGUUUUACAAUUGUACCAAAUUUCCAACCUCAACCAUGGUCUUAUGAUGGUGGGUCCAUCUGGAUCUGGUAAGUCUACUGCUUGGCGCACACUCCUAAAAGCACUUGAGCGUUUCGAAGGCGUUGAAGGUGUUGCACAUGUUAUUGAUCCAAAAGCCAUUUCGAAAGAAGCAUUAUAUGGUGUUAUGGAUCCUAACACACGCGAAUGGACUGAUGGUCUUUUCACGCAUAUACUUCGUAAAAUUAUUGAUAACGUACGUGGUGAAAUAAAUAAACGACAAUGGAUUAUAUUUGAUGGCGAUGUAGAUCCUGAAUGGGUUGAAAAUUUGAAUUCAGUAUUGGAUGAUAAUAAAUUAUUAACUUUACCUAAUGGAGAACGUCUUUCUCUUCCACCUAAUGUCCGCAUAAUGUUUGAGGUACAGGAUCUUAAAUUUGCCACCUUAGCUACCGUUUCGCGUUGCGGUAUGGUUUGGUUCUCAGAAGAUGUGCUCUCUACUGAAAUGAUAUUUGAGAAUUAUUUAUCACGACUCCGUAGCAUUCCAUUGGAAGAUGGAGAUGAUGACUUCACCGGUAUGGUUAAACCUGCUGCAUCUAAAGAUAAAGAGGAUGAGGUUUCUCCAUCAUUACAAGUUCAGCGAGACAUUGCAUUACUUUUACAACCUUACUUUUCGUCUGAUGGCAUUGUAGUGCGCAGUUUAGAAUACGCAAUGGAGCAAGAACAUAUAAUGGACUUUACGCGUUUGCGAGCUCUAAGCUCACUUUUUUCAAUGUUAAAUCAAGCAGCAAGAAAUGUUUUAAAUUUCAACUCUCAACAUCCUGAUUUUCCUUGCUCAGCUGAUCAACUAGAACAUUAUAUACCUAAAGCACUGGUCUAUUCUGUACUUUGGUCAUUCGCUGGCGAUGCUAAAUUAAAAGUACGCACCGAUUUAGGUGAUUUUGUUCGUAGCGUUACUACUAUACCUUUGCCUGGUGUUACUGGUGUGCCUAUUAUUGAUUACGAAGUUAGCAUGAAUGGGGAAUGGGCGCCGUGGUCCAAUAAAGUACCAGUCAUUGAAGUUGAAACUCACAAAGUAGCUUCGCCAGAUAUUGUUGUUCCUACACUGGAUACUGUUCGCCAUGAAUCUUUGCUUUACACUUGGUUAGCUGAGCACAAACCUUUAGUUUUAUGCGGUCCCCCUGGUUCUGGUAAGACUAUGACACUAUUCUCAGCCUUGCGUGCACUUCCUGACAUGGAAGUAGUAGGUUUAAAUUUUUCAUCUGCUACUACGCCUGAACUACUUCUUAAGACCUUCGAUCAUUAUUGUGAAUACCGCAAAACACCAAAUGGUGUUGUAUUAUCACCAGUACAGAUUGGAAAAUGGUUGGUAUUAUUCUGCGAUGAAAUCAAUUUACCUGACAUGGACACUUAUGGUACACAACGUGUUAUUUCAUUUUUGCGACAAUUGGUAGAGCAUAAAGGAUUUUAUCGUGCCAGCGAUCAAGCUUGGGUUUCACUUGAACGUAUACAAUUUGUUGGUGCUUGUAAUCCACCGACUGAUCCCGGUCGUAAACCACUAUCUCAUCGUUUCUUACGUCAUGUUCCGAUUAUAUACGUUGAUUAUCCUGGCGAAACAUCUCUUAAACAAAUUUAUGGCACUUUCUCACGUGCUAUGUUACGUUUAAUGCCAUCAUUACGUGGUUAUGCUGAACCACUCACCAACGCUAUGGUCGAAUUUUAUUUGGCAUCACAAGAUCGAUUUACACAAGAUAUGCAACCUCAUUAUGUGUAUUCACCACGUGAAAUGACACGUUGGGUACGUGGUAUUUGUGAAGCAAUAAGACCACUUGAUUCAUUACCAGUAGAAGGCUUAGUAAGAUUGUGGGCACAUGAAGCACUGCGUUUAUUCCAAGAUCGUCUGGUUGAGGAAUCGGAACGCCGUUGGACAAAUGAAAAUAUUGAUAUAGUCGCUGUGAAACAUUUCCCGAGCAUCAAUCAAGAAGAAGCACUUACACGUCCUAUACUUUACAGUAAUUGGUUGUCAAAGGAUUAUAUGCCUGUCAAUCGUGAAGAAUUGCGUGAUUAUGUACGCGCACGUCUUAAGGUCUUCUAUGAAGAAGAAUUGGAUGUGCCACUUGUAUUGUUUGAUGAAGUUUUGGAGCAUGUGCUGCGUAUUGAUCGUAUUUUCCGUCAGCCACAAGGUCAUCUAUUACUUAUUGGUGUGUCAGGUGCUGGCAAAACUACGCUUUCGCGUUUUGUUGCAUGGAUGAAUGGUUUAUCAAUCUUCCAAAUUAAAGUGCAUAAUAAAUACACCAGUGAAGAUUUUGAUGAAGAUUUACGUUGUGUAUUGAGACGUUCUGGGUGUAAAGAUGAAAAAAUUGCUUUUAUUUUGGAUGAAUCGAAUGUGCUGGAUUCCGGUUUCUUAGAACGAAUGAAUACUCUGUUAGCUAACGGUGAAGUUCCUGGUCUGUUUGAGGGAGAUGAGUAUACUACUUUAAUGACUCAAUGCAAAGAAGGUGCACAGAGAGAAGGUUUAAUGUUAGACUCUAGCGAUGAACUUUACAAGUGGUUUACACAACAAGUUAUGCGUAAUUUACAUGUGGUAUUUACAAUGAAUCCAUCAACUGAUGGAUUAAAAGAUCGAGCUGCUACUUCACCAGCUUUAUUCAAUCGUUGUGUACUUAACUGGUUUGGCGAUUGGUCUGAUUCUGCUCUCUUCCAAGUGGGCAAAGAAUUCACUACGCGUGUUGAUUUAGAAAAACCUACCUGGACUCCACCAGACUUCUUCCCAUCGGUUUGCCCAUUGGUUCCAGCUAAUCCAAACCAUCGUGAUGCCGUUAUUAACAGUUGCGUUUAUGUACAUCAAACUUUACAUCAAGCAAAUGCACGUCUAGCUAAACGAGGUGGACGUACAAUGGCUGUCACACCUCGACACUACUUAGAUUUCAUUCAUCAUUUCGUUAAAUUAUAUAACGAAAAACGUAGUGAUUUAGAAGAACAACAACUGCAUUUGAAUGUUGGUCUCAACAAAAUCGCUGAAACUGUCGAGCAAGUAGAAGAGAUGCAAAAAUCAUUAGCUGUAAAGAAACAAGAAUUACAAGCUAAGAACGAGGCAGCUAAUGCUAAACUUAAACAAAUGUUCAAGGAUCAACAAGAAGCAGAGAAGAAAAAGAUACAAUCACAGGAGAUACAAAUUAAACUAGCGGAUCAAACGGUUAAGAUUGAAGAAAAACGUAAAUAUGUCAUGGCUGACUUAGCUCAAGUAGAACCAGCAGUUAUAGAAGCACAACAAGCUGUUAAAUCAAUUCGUAAGCAACAACUUGUUGAGGUGAGAACAAUGGCUAAUCCACCAUCCGUGGUGAAAUUGGCACUUGAAUCGAUAUGCUUGUUACUCGGCGAAAAUGCAACCGAUUGGAAAUCGAUUCGUGCCGUUAUUAUGAGAGAAAACUUUAUAAAUUCAAUUGUUUCUAACUUCGGUACUGAAAAUAUAACCGAUGAAGUACGUGAAAAGAUGAAGUCCAAAUAUUUGAGUAAUCCUGACUAUAACUUCGAAAAGGUGAACCGUGCAAGUAUGGCUUGCGGACCUAUGGUUAAAUGGGCUAUUGCACAAAUUGAAUAUGCCGAUAUGUUGAAACGUGUUGAGCCAUUGCGUGAGGAGUUACGCUCUUUAGAAGAACAAGCUGAAGUAAACAAACAAAAUGCGAAGGAAACAAAAGAUUUGGUUGAGCAAUUGGAACGCAGUAUUGCUGCCUACAAAGAAGAAUAUGCACAACUUAUAUCUCAAGCUCAAGCUAUUAAAACUGAUUUAGAAAAUGUGCAAGCCAAGGUAGAUCGUUCUAUUGCAUUGUUGAAGAGUUUGAAUAUUGAACGAGAACGUUGGGAAUCUACCAGUGAAACGUUUAAAUCUCAAAUGUCAACGAUAAUUGGCGACGUUUUGUUAUCAGCUGCAUUUAUAGCUUAUGGUGGAUACUUUGAUCAACAUUAUCGUUUGAAUCUAUUUACAACUUGGAGUCAACAUCUUCAAUCUGCUAACAUACAAUACCGUGGUGAUAUUGCACGUACGGAAUAUCUUUCUAAUCCCGAUGAGCGUUUACGUUGGCAGGCAAAUGCCUUACCUUCUGAUGAUUUGUGUACUGAAAAUGCAAUUAUGCUGAAACGUUUCAAUCGUUAUCCACUUAUUAUUGAUCCAUCCGGACAGGCUACUACUUUCUUACUCAAUGAAUAUGCCGGAAAGAAAAUAACAAAAACAUCAUUUUUGGAUGAUUCAUUCCGUAAAAAUUUGGAAUCUGCUUUGCGUUUUGGUAAUCCAUUGUUAGUGCAAGAUGUCGAAAAUUAUGAUCCAAUUUUGAAUCCCGUACUUAAUCGUGAAUUGCGACGCACUGGAGGACGUGUACUGAUUACACUUGGUGAUCAAGAUAUUGAUUUAUCACCAUCAUUUGUUAUAUUCCUUUCAACACGCGAUCCAACUGUAGAGUUCCCACCAGAUAUUUGUUCUCGUGUAACAUUUGUCAAUUUCACUGUUACACGUAGUUCAUUACAAUCACAAUGUCUUAAUCAAGUACUCAAAGCUGAACGUCCCGAUAUAGAUGAGAAACGUUCUGAUCUAUUGAAAUUACAAGGUGAAUUCCGUUUACGCUUACGCCAGCUUGAAAAGAGUCUGUUACAGGCACUCAAUGAUGCUAAGGGUAAAAUUCUUGAUGAUAAUUCGGUUAUUACUACAUUAGAAACUCUUAAGCGAGAAGCAUAUGAAAUUAAUCAAAAAGUCGAUGAAACCGAUAAAGUUAUUGCAGAAAUUGAGACGGUAUCUCAACAAUACCUGCCGUUGUCAGUGGCUUGUAGUAAUAUCUAUUUCACAAUGGAUAGCUUAAACCAAGUUCACUUCCUUUAUCAGUAUUCUUUGAAAAUGUUUUUGGAUAUAUUCUCUACAGUGCUCUAUAACAAUAAUAAAUUAGAUGGCAAAUCUGACCAUUCUGAACGUCUAAGUAUUGUCACAAAAGACCUAUUCCAAGUUUGCUAUGAACGAGUUGCACGUGGUAUGUUGCAUGCUGAUCGUCUUACUUUUGCAUUGUUAAUGUGCAAAAUUCAUCUUAAGGGUACAUCAGAACCUAAUCUGGACAAUGAAUUCAAUUUCUUUUUGCGUAGUCGUGAAGGCUUAUUACCAAAUCCCGUUGUGGUUGAUGGCCUUUCAUCGGAACAAAUCGAAGGUGUCAACCGUUUGGCAACUCGCCUUCCUACAUUCCGCAAACUGAUUGAUAAACUUAAAUCAAUGCCAGAAAUGGUUGCUUGGUUACAACAAAGUUCUCCAGAACAAUGUGUACCACAGUUGUGGGAUGAGUCUAAAGCUCUUUCACCUGUUGCAAGUUCUAUACAUCAGUUAUUAUUAAUACAAGCAUUCCGACCGGAUCGCGUAAUUGCAGCAGCACAUGAAGUUGUCAAUACUGUUUUAGGCACCGAAUAUAUGCCAACAGCUGAAAAUGAAUUAGAAUUUGCAGCCGUUGUAGAAAAACAACUUAACUGCAAUACUCCAGCUCUUUUAUGCUCUGUACCCGGUUUUGACGCAUCUGGUCGUGUGGAUGAUUUAGCUGCGGAAUUAAACAAACAAAUUUCAAGUAUCGCAAUUGGUUCUGCUGAGGGCUUCAAUCAAGCUGAGCGUGCUAUCAAUAUGGCAUGUAAGAGUGGCCGCUGGGUUCUUCUUAAGAAUGUUCAUUUAGCACCACAAUGGCUGGUACAAUUAGAAAAGAAAUUACAUUCUUUGCAACCACAUUCUGGUUUCAGAUUGUUCUUGACUAUGGAAAUAAAUCCCAAAGUACCGGUGAACUUACUUCGAGCUGGACGUAUAUUUGUAUUUGAACCACCACCAGGUAUACGCGCAAACUUGCUUCGCACAUUCUCUACUGUGCCAGCGGCACGUAUGAUGAAAGCUCCAAGUGAGCGUGCACGUCUUUACUUCCUUUUGGCUUGGUUCCAUGCUAUCGUCCAAGAACGUUUACGUUAUGUACCACUGGGUUGGGCAAAGAAAUAUGAGUUUAAUGAAUCUGAUUUGCGUGUAGCAUGCGAUACCUUGGAUACUUGGAUUGAUACAACAGCUAUGAGUCGUACUAAUUUACCACCAGAGAAGGUACCAUGGGAUGCAUUAGUUACACUGCUGUCACAAUCAAUUUAUGGUGGCAAGAUUGAUAAUGAUUUCGAUCAACGUCUGCUUACUUCAUUCUUGAAAAAACUUUUUACUGCACGUAGUUUUGAAGCCGAUUUUGCUCUAGUUGCCAAUGUAGAUGGCGGAGCAGCCGGUCAACGUCAUAUUACUAUGCCCGAUGGAACACGUCGUGAUCAUUUCCUUAAGUGGAUUGAAAAUUUGACAGAUCGUCAAACACCAUCUUGGCUUGGUUUACCAAAUAAUGCAGAGAAAGUUUUAUUGACUACCCGAGGAACAGAUCUUGUUAGCAAGCUACUUAAAAUGCAACAGUUGGAGGAUGAUGAUGAGUUGGCCUAUAGUGUUGAAGAAAGUAAUGAAGCAGCUGCAGCUACUCAACGCAAUGAAGAUGGUCGUCCAUCAUGGAUGAAGACCUUGCAUAAUUCCGCUACUACUUGGCUUGAAUUAUUACCUAAAAAUCUGCAAGUGCUUAAACGGACGGUAGAAAAUAUUAAAGAUCCGUUAUAUCGUUACUUUGAACGUGAAGUUACAUCUGGCGCUAGACUUUUACAAACUGUAAUAUCAGAUUUGCAGGAUGUUGUACUAAUUUGUCAAGGCGAAAAGAAACAAACUAAUCAUCAUCGUUCUAUGUUGUCUGAAUUGGUACGAGGUAUAAUUCCAAAGGGUUGGAAGCGUUACACCGUGCCCAUAGGUUGUACUGUUAUACAAUGGAUCACUGAUUUUAGCAAUCGUGUAAAACAAUUGCAAAAAGUAUCGCAACUCGUCUCCCAAGCAGGUGCUAAGGAACUGCAAGGAUUUCCUGUAUGGCUCGGCGGCUUGUUAAAUCCGGAAGCGUACAUAACAGCAACCCGUCAAUGUGUUGCACAGGCAAAUAGUUGGUCAUUAGAAGAAUUGGCUUUAGAAGUUACGAUCGCCGAAUCUGGAGUUAGUACUGAUCAGAAAGAUAGCAGUUUUGGUGUAACUGGUCUUAAGCUGCAAGGAGCACAAUGCAAAAAUAAUGAGCUUUUACUCGCAUCUACAAUAAUGAUGGAUAUCUCGUUAACAUUGUUGAAAUGGGUGAAAAUUACAAAUGAUCCACGUAUAAGUAAACUAACAUUACCUGUCUACCUAAACUCAACACGUACCGAAUUGCUGUUUACAGUCGAUUUGGCGGUUGCUGCUGGACAGGACCCACAUAGCUUUUAUGAACGCGGUGUUGCAGUAUUGACUUCAACCGCUUUGAAUUAAAACAAUAUUAUUGCCUAUUUCAUUUUUUUUUUUAAUUAUUCAAUUAUUAAAUAUUAAUAUCUUGCUUAUUAUAGAUAUAUUAAUCAAAUAUUAUACUGAAUCAUAUUACAAAUGAAUAUACUCAAUAUCAAUAUUAAUCUGUUUGAAAUAAAUGUAUGGAUUUAAAGAAUU